CCCUUGAAAGCAGCUUUUCAGCUCGGAGUCCAGAGCCAUGAGCAAUCUGGGAAGCCCAUCCGUACGUAUCUCCGCAGUCUCUAACGUCUAAAUCAAGUUUGAGGCGUUUGACUUUGGUGAUUGUUUCCUGGAAUUGAGAGAUACAGAGAAAACAGCGAAGAGCAAAAGAAUGGAUGCUUAUACGUGGCACAAAGUAGCUGCUAUUUCCGGAGUUGCAGCACUUGGGUUGGGCACAUAUGGUGCCCAUGUCUUCAAGCCCCAGAAUCCGUCUUACAAGGAGGUAUGGCAAACAGCAUCUCUAUACCAUUUGGUUCAUACUGCAGCUCUUCUUGCUACCCCUCUCACUAAAAAACCCCACAUUUUUGGGGGCCUCUUGACAACUGGGAUUCUUGCUUUCUCUGGGACGUGUUACACUGUGGCUUUACUUGAGGACAGAAAGUAUGCUACCUUGGCUCCAUUUGGUGGCUUUGCAUUUAUUGCUGCAUGGGCAAGCUUGCUUUUCUGAGGCAUAUCUUUCAUUUCUGCAUUACUUGCAUCGCUCUAUUGUGGGAUUAAUAAUUCAAUUGCUGUAAUUUUAUUUGAUAUCAUGCACAUUAAUAUUGUAAUUUGUAUGCAGAGGUGGGCAUAGCUCUGUAGUAGCUGCAUGUAUGUUGAACCUGAGAGACUCAGGUUCGACUCUCCCCUCCCAACAUAUGUUAUAAAAAAAGAAACUCCUAAUUUGUAUUGUA